GGCCGAGACAUAUAUUCUUGAAAAAGAGAUCGUCCCCUUCCUUGAGGGAAGAGGUCUUCCUUGGCUACCCUCAUCCUCGGAAGGAUUGCGUACCCUUGGGGAUGAAUUUUUCUUAAGGCCAUGCCUUUCUCCAUGGGACACAAGUGUUCCUCCUCGGGGGGUCAUAUUCCUUCUAAGAGGCCAUGCUCCUUUGUUUGUGUGGAGGCAUAAGUCUCAGGACUCCACCUUCAGGGCCACGACCCUUUCAGGAGGCUAG